AUGGGUGACCACCUUGAUCAACAACAGCAGAUUGGCGCAGACCCAGGCGCAGGUCUGCUGGGAGCCAUCGGAGGCCAACAUCCUGCAGGAGGACUAAUCGGAGCUGGAAAUGCGGCUGCCGGUCUACCUCAAGGAGGACACAAUGCGCAGGCAAUCGCAGAGGCAGCAGCCAACGCCGCUCUGCAAGCUCAAGUGGCAGCCAUGGCUCCAGGCGUGGAGGUCCUGCAACACCAUCAGCAGGCGGCUGAUGAAGCGGGGCUUGGUGUGCCCACGCAAGCGCAGCUACAAGCUUUCAACGUGCAAAUGCAGGAUGUCUCGUAUGAAUGUUCGUCCAAGCAGCAUCUAUUCUUCAGUCGUUGUUUCUUGCAGGAACGCAUCCGGGACGUUCUCCGCCCACCGGCAUCCAUCUCGUGGACCCCGUUGACUCUAGUGGCCGCGGCCAGGGCUUCGGACUGUCUCACAGUCCAGCAGACGCAGAAGUUGCAAGACAUGAUUAUCAAGCCCCAACUAGCCUCACAGGUGGAAACUUCUUCCCUCAAAUUGAAACAAGACGAACCUCUCACGAAAGAUGUGGUCUUCCGUGCCUUUUUCGAAGUGGCGGCAACCUGUAUGGAAGCGUCGAAUAUACCCGAGGUUGCUGAGGGCCCGAACAUGUAUCAGAGAACUGCCAACGCGAUAUUCGCUGACAGUAUUCGCCUGAUGUUUACUCAGCAGAUCAGACUUGAAAGGUCCAUGCAGCUCCAGCUAGCGGAAAUGUCCAGGGCUAUGUCUGCCCAGCUGCAUGCCGCCACGGUCUCGCUAAAAAGGGACAGACAGGACAAGGGCGACGACACCAACAAGAAGCGGAAGAUCGGUAACCAACAGCAGAAGGUGUGCAUCAACUGGCUCAAAGGGACGUGCAAGAACCCGAAAUGUUCCGAUGCACACAAAGGCCCGCUGAACAAAUUAAUGUUCUUGAACGAACGAUUUUGCAAAGGAGCGGUGCCACAAGAUCGCCUCAUCUCGUUGGCGGAUAAAGAAACGAAGUAG